GGUAUAUAAGGGACAAGUCACAUAUAUCCAGCGCGUUUUGCCAAUCACAGACCACUUGUUCCACAGAAGGGGAAUUCAAUCUCACUCUAGAGCACAGACGUCUAAAGAAAAUGAAGACCUUGCAAGUUCUUUUUGUCGCCCUCGGUGUGACUGCUGUUGUUUCAGCUCAGUGGGGUGAUGAUCAUAAACCACCCAGACCCUACCCACCCAAACGACAACAGAUCAGCUACGGCUACCAACAGCCAAGUUACCAACAGCCAACCUACCCACCUCCAACGUACCAUCCACCUACUUACCAGUGCAGACAUGAAUACUUCCAGUGUCCACCCCUGAACAAGGUGUACCGCGUGGACGGCUACGGCAAGCACACUAAGGUCUACGCUCCAAACCGUUUCUACUACGAGCAUAGCGACCCACGCUGCUACAUCCAGUGUGACGAAGCUGGUAACGCCUUCUUCAGACCUUGUCCUUACGGCCAGGUGUACAAUAGAUACUUGACUGACUACAACAUUGUUAAUGUCUGCGUGUCAGACGGCAGUGGUGCUCACUAAGUUGACGGUGUGACAUGUCUUCGUUUUCCACUUCGAAUAUAGUGGUUAAAUAAGGCACCGAAUGCGAUCAACCACAUCUCUUUACUGAGAACGAAGCCAAGCUCUUAUUGGUUAGAUUUUUAAUCAAUUAACCGCCCCACUUCAACGUAUCACUGAAAAGGACGCUUUAUGCUCUUAGUCGCUUUGCACCUGGGGUAUUACAUCGAAUUUUUGAUGAUUGAAGAUCAACAACGUUUAUAUCGUUACAAGAAUAUGUUUCAAGAAUGAGGAUUACCGCAGGCUAUUUUGUUAUAAUUUUGAACAGCUUCAUUGUAUUGUAGAUUUUACAUGAGAGCAAUAAAAUAAAAGCAACACA